CCAAUAAUCCUCACAUCCAGUACUGUCAGCUAUGCUGUGCUCGACUUAUUCCAACCCAACAGGGUGGAAAGCAUAAAAAAGAAGCAUGGAUAUAUAAUUGAGCAGGGCGGGGCAGUGCGCAUGCGCCAUAUCUCUUUGUGGCCCUUGUCUCUUUGGUGGUUGUCUGGUCUUCAGAGACCUGCUCCGGCAGUAAAUCCAAGGAUAGCACUGUUAGACAAAGACGUUGCCUCUCGUUUAGAGUCAUUCGUUUGGCUGCACUGUGAAAACUCAUCUAGUUCCCGGCAGAGAAUAGCAGAAGCGGGCAAGUGCUGUUCCAGGGCGUCGUCUGGCCAGAAAGCAGAGCAUCCACUCAUCCUUUCACAGGCAGCUGAGGGUUUUUUUUUUAGUCUAGCUAGCUUGCUUUAGCCAACAGUCGGGGCACAGCCGUGUCAGAGGGAACGUCAAAAAUGUCCGGUUACCAAGGAAAGAAGAACAUCCCACGAAUCACGAGUGACCGUCUUCUCAUCAAAGGAGCGAAGAUAGUCAACGAUGAUCAGUCCUUUGUGGCUGACAUCUACAUGGAAGAUGGAGUCAUAAAGCAAAUAGGAGACAACCUCAUCGUUCCAGGCGGUGUGAAGAUCAUAGAGGCUCAUGGAAAAAUGGUAAUGCCUGGGGGCAUUGACGUGCACACUCGGUUCCAGAUGCCCGACCGGGGCAUGGUGGCAGCUGACGACUUCUACCAGGGCACCCGGGCGGCUCUGGCUGGGGGAACCACCAUGAUCAUUGACCACGUGGUCCCUGAGCCCGGCGUCAGCCUGAUCGCUGCUUUCAAGCAGUGGAGGGAGUGGGCCGAUAGCAAGUCCUGCUGUGACUACUCUCUGCACGUGGACGUCACCGACUGGAACAGAGGCACCCAGGAAGAGAUGGAGACACUGGUGAAGGAUCAUGGUGUCAACUCUUUCCUGAUCUAUUUGGCUUAUAAGGAUGUUUUCCAACUUUCUGACUCUCAGAUCUAUGAGGUGUUCAGCGUCAUCAGAGAUCUGGGAGCUAUUGCACAGGUGCACGCAGAAAAUGGAGACAUCAUCGCGGAGGAGCAGAGGCGUAUCUUGGAGCUGGGGAUCACUGGCCCCGAAGGCCACGUGCUGAGCCGUCCAGAGGAGGUGGAGGCUGAGGCGGUCAACCGCUCUGUGACCAUCGCCAAUCAGACCAACUGUCCCCUCUACGUCACCAAGGUGAUGAGCAAAAGCGCUGCUGAUGUCAUUGCCCUUGCCAGGAAAAGAGGGGCUGUGGUUUAUGGCGAGCCCAUAUCUGCCAGCUUGGGCACAGACGGCACCCAUUACUGGAGUAAGAACUGGGCCAAGGCGGCGGCGUUCAUCACGUCUCCCCCGCUCAGCCCUGAUCCCACCACCCCUGACUAUCUCAACUCUCUGCUGUCGUGUGGAGAUCUGCAGGUGACUGGCAGCGCUCACUGCACGUUCCAGACUUCUCAGCGGGCCGUGGGCAAAGACAACUUCACCAUGAUUCCAGAGGGCACCAACGGCACGGAGGAGAGGAUGUCCCUAAUCUGGGACAAAUGCGUGGCUGCUGGAAAAAUGGAUGAGAACCAGUUUGUGGCAGUGACCAGCACCAACGCUGCCAAAAUCUUCAAUCUGUAUCCCCGCAAAGGACGCAUCGCUGUGGGCUCUGACGCCGACCUUCUGCUGUGGGACCCGGAUAUGACCAAGAUCAUCUCAGCCAAAAGCCACAACCUGGCCGUUGAGUAUAACAUCUUUGAGGGCACAGAGGUGCGCGGCGGUCCUCUGGUGGUCAUCAGCCAGGGUAAGAUUGUGCUGGAGGACGGCAGCCUUCACCCCACAGAGGGCUGCGGGCGCUACAUCAGCCGCAAGCCUUUCCCGGACCAGGUGUACAAGAGGAUAAAGGCUCGCAGCAGGCUCACAGAGCUGCGGGGGGUCCCCAGAGGCCAGUAUGAUGGGCCGGUGUGUGAGGUGACCGCGACUCCCAAGGUGAUGUCCGCAGUUUCCUCUGUGAGGACCUCCCCUGCCAAACAGCAGCAGCACCAGCAGCAGCAGCAGCAGCCCUUCACGCACCAGCCGGUGCGCAACCUCCACCAGUCUGGCUUCAGCCUCUCCGGAGCCCAAAUCGACGACAACAUCCCUCGCCGCCCCACUCAGCGCAUUGUGGCGCCCCCUGGUGGAAAAGCCAACAUCACCAGCCUUGGCUAGGCCCCCUCCUCAGCUGAGCGGCGGGUGCAGGGCAGCAGGAGUCCCACAGAGUCACGACGCAUCGCCCAUCACCUCCGACUGUUCCUGCACCUCCUGCCCGCCUCCAUCCACACACCUACACCACGCCACCCAAUGCAGGAAACAAGAAGCACUACUCCACAUCGUUCCAUCCUUCCUGCCGUUUUUUCCAGUGCUGAGGACGGAUCGAGUGAAAAAACCUGGCUGGUCAGCCAGUUUGGUUAUUUAUGACUUUAUUUUUGUUUACAUUCUUUUUGUAUUUGUUUCUGUACGUGUUUAAGCUGUGAGGUGUUGGUGCAGAAACCCGAAACAGAAGCAAAAGCUCUUUCAUGAUGUUUUAACAGCGGUUCUUUUCCUGCUGUUAGUUUCUCUGAUUUGGAAUGUUUCGGUGGGCCUGCGACGCUGCCACCUUCAGCUGAAAGUAAGUAUCGCUGGUAAACUGUAACAGACGUGUUUUUGUGAGACAUAGUUGAAACAAAAAAAAAAAGCGAUUUGCUCUGAAAUGUUUGCAGUAUUUGUUUUCUGUUUUUGUUACGAUAUUAAGCUGAGCGAUUCACCCAUGUCUUCCUUUUUCUGUUUUGGUUGCACCUUCUUCUUUUUGUUGAACUUUUAUUCUUCAUGGAGACAUUUUUUUCCUCUUUGGAAAAAGCACAUUCUGCUCUGAAAGAAAAAAAGAAGGUGUUUUAACACUGAGCCACUCAUUCAGCUUUUCCCUGAAACUGAACGGCUGGAUUGUGACGUUUUGCCAGAGAAACACACCUUUUCCCUUCUUUCAUAAUUUUUUUUUUCCUUGUGAAUUUUGAAAGGUUGUCAGGGAAACAAACAUCCUAUCGUCAAAAUGACCCCGUGUCAUUCAAGACGUUUGACGGGAGGUUUGCUGACAGCCUCUCUGCACCUGGUGCUAUCUGACCUUUGCUGUAUAUGAGCAGAUGAUGUCCACAUGCAAACAGCCGCGUACGCUUUACCGUAAUAGCAGCCGGGAUAGUCACCAUUUGCCCCGUUUUGACAGAAGUCGUUUUGCACCAGUGAACAACCCAAAUGGUAAACGUGUAUGUGCGCUUGCAACUUUUUAUUUGUACUGGAUAUGUCUGUACGUUUUAGGAUACGUGUUGAACUACCUGCCUGCCCGUCGUGUACGAUAUUGAUAGCACGCUGUAUCUAUGAAGGCUCUGUUGAAGAGGCGAACCGAGGAGUUUUGAGACCUGAUGAAAAUAGUUUCUGUACGUAUAAGACGACAGUGUGCUGAUGAUGUGUCUCCGCUGUUGUCGGUGUUAGUGCUGUGAAUGAAGUACCCAGUACUGUAUAUUGUUCCCCCUCCUCCUACCACCAGCCUGCCCUCAUAAACACCAGACUCACUUAAGGUUGUCGCUGCACUCACCAAAAGCGCUACCGGCUGCCAGCCGCGCAGAGCUGUGCAGCCACGCCACAAAACACUGGAUUCUUUCUUCCUCAUUGCCUUGUCAAGUGUUGGUUUUGUAUGCAAAAGCUAUAAUGUGAAGUGGUUAACAUUUUGGGACCAUUCUCGGAAAUAAUAAUUGAGUUCUGAUGUUGAGCACUGUUGUUUGCCCUCCCCCACCUUGCGUGAUAUUCUUGCUCAUGUAUGUUUUAUUGGAUACCAGAGUUUUGGGGGGAAUCAUUGGCCCUGUCAGCAUUUGACCUUCUGUGUUGACUUCAGUGGAUUAAAGUUAUAAAAACUAAAGCUUUUGUUCCGGUCUGUUUUUUUAAGGCAUUAGUCACC